AUGACGACAAAUGGAAAAGACACAAAUGUGGCAUCCCCAGAGCAUCAGGAGGAGGAGCAACAGAGCGUCCUGAAGAGGGUGGCCAGUCUCCCACUUGUCAGCACUGCCUGUGACCUGGCUGCCACAGCCUACACCUCCACCAAGGAGAGCCAUCCCUAUGUGAAAUCUCUCUGUGACAUGGCAGAAAAGGGAGUGACCUCCCUAACCAGUGUUGCAGCCAGCAGUGAACAGCCAGUUUCACCUGCACUUGAACCUCAAGAGACCACAGGAACAGAGCUGGCUUCCAAAGUACCAGACAAAGUGGAGGAGGAUCUACCAACCCUUCAACAGACAGCUGAGACGGCCAUGUCUGACACACAGGAGCUGGUAUCAUCCAGACUGACAGAUGUCAAGGAGAGCAUGAUCAGAGUGGUGGACAUGACCAAGGAGGCCAUGCAGGAUGGUAUGAAGACCACCAGAUCAGUAGUAGCAGAGGGCAUGAGCACCAUUGUGGAAUCGCGAAUGGGCCAACUGGCUAUAAGUGGGAUGGAAGCCAUGCUGGAGAAGUCUGAAGAGCUCCUGGAUCACUAUCUUCCCAUGACUGAGGAGGAACUAGCCAAACUUGCGGAAUCUGUGGAAGGGGCUGAAGUGUCUGCGGCACAACCACAAGAGCAUCGCAGCUACUUUGUGCUUUUAGGUUCCCUGUCCACCAAACUCCGCCAGCGCGCCUACCGCUAUUCCCUAGACAAGAUGAGACGCACCAGCCACAGCAUCAGUGAGGCACUUUCCCAGCUUCAACAAACCAUGGGACUGAUUGAUUACAUCAAGCAAGGUGUGACACUUCCAGAUGUCCAGGAGAAAUUCCAGCAUGUGUGGCUGAACUGGAACAGAAAACAGCGAAAAGGCAGUGAGAUCACAGACUUGGCUAACCCAGAGAUGGAGUCUGAGACUCUGGCCAUGUCCCGCAGCAUUCUCCAGCAGCUGCAAGAUGCCUGCCGGGUGUUAGUAUCCAGCAUUCAAGGUCUCCCCGCCAACCUUCAGGACAAGGUGCGACAGGUGUAUCAAAACAUGGGGGAGCUCCAUGCUUCCUUCUCCACUGCCAGCUCCUUCCAGGAUCUCUCCAGCAGCCUCCUCACCCAGAGCCAGGAGAUGGUGACCAAGGCCCAGGAAUAUGUAGAUGAGCUGAUGGCAUAUGUGAUGCAGAACACACCUCUGUCUUGGAUUGUGGGGCCCUUUGCCCCAUCAGGGAAGGGCUCUGCAGAUUCCCUGGAACCACAAAACCAAGAAAUGGAGGCUAAGGAGGCAGUCAUAGCAGCAUCCAAGGCUAAGGAGGCUCUUAUCUGA